AACAUUUGUUUUUAUGUACUUACUCUUUCUAAAUCUUACUAUCAUUGUGUUAUUCUGAAGAAGAUGAUGAUUUUGCAAGUGGAGGAGGUUUACUUACUCUUAAAGAACAACUACGACAUAAUCUUUGCUGUUCUGCUUUCUGGAUUGGUCACAAGUUUUGUCACCAAGAAACUAAGGAAGUCAACGGAAGCCAUCCCUGGACGCCUUGGUCUUCCACUGGUUGGCGAAACAUUUUCCUUUCUUUCGGCUAUUAAUAGUACCAAAGGCUGCUAUGAUUUUGUUCGUCUUCGUAGACUUCGGUAUGGGAAAUGGUUCAAGACAAGACUGUUUGGGAAAGUCCAUGUAUUUGUUCCAAGUGUUGUGGGAGCAAAAACAAUUUUGACAAACGACUUUCAGUUGUUUAACAAAGGCUACAUUAAAUCAAUGGCGGAUGCCGUUGGAAAGAAAAGCUUACUUUCUGUUCCAGUCGAUAGUCAUAAAAGAAUCAGACGCCUUCUUUCUACUCCUUUCUCCAUGGAUUCCUUGUCUGUAUUUGUUAAGAAGUUCGAUGAGUUGCUUUCCACAAGAUUCAAGAAGUUGGCUGAAAAUGGCAAAAGCUUUGUAGUUCUUGAUUUCAGCAUGAAGAUAGCAUUCGAUGCAAUGUGUGGCAUGCUGAUGAGUGUCACAGACGAAUCUUUGCUGGAAAAAAUCGAAAGAGACUGCACAGCCAUUUCUAACGCCAUGCUUUCAUUUCCAGUCAUGAUUCCUGGUACUAGAUAUUACAAAGGCAUGAAGGCACGUGAAAGGCUCAUGAAACUUUUUGAAGAAAUGAUUAGCAGCAGACGUAGUAGCAAAGAGCCUCAUGAAGACUUCUUGCAAUCCAUGUUAGAAAGAGAUUCGUUUCCUGAUGAUGAUGAAAAGCUUGAUGAUUCAGAGAUUAUGGAUAACAUGUUAACAUUGAUAAUAGCUGGACAAACCACCACAGCAGCUGCAAUGAUGUGGAGCGUAAAGUUCUUAGAUGAGAACAAAGAUGUCCAAAAUAUGUUAAGAGAAGAACAGUUGAUUAUACUAAGGAAUAAACCAAAAGGAGCUUUACUUUCUCAAGAGGAUCUUAACAAGAUGUCUUACUGCUCAAAGGUUGUGAAAGAGACGUUGAGAAUGUCGAAUGUGUUGCUUUGGUUUCCUCGUGUUGCGCUUGAUGAUUGCAAAAUUCAGGAUUUUGAGAUAAAGAAAGGAUGGCAUGUCAAUAUUGACGCUACUCACAUACAUUAUGAUCCGGCUUUGUAUAAGGAUCCAUUGAAGUUCAAUCCAUCAAGAUUUGAUGAAAUACCGAAGCCAUAUAGCUAUAUACCUUUUGGAUCAGGGCCAAGGACAUGCUUGGGGAUCAACAUGGCAAAAGUGACAAUGCUAGUAUUCUUGCACAGGCUAACAAGUGGAUACAAGUGGACUGUGGAUGAUCAAGAUCUUAGCCUAGAAAAGAAAUCACACAUUCCUAGAUUGAAGAGCGGAGUUCCGAUUACAUUAACUGUGUUAAAAGAUGAGAGCUGAAAAAUCGUGAUGUUGAAGGUCACUGUAGCACCUCACGUGUGGUGGGUUAUAAGAAAUUUAUUUGCGUGUUGUAUCCUUUUUGAUUAGUUAUAUCCCGUUCUAUAAAAUGAAAGUAUAUAGA